UUUUCGGUUGCCCCAUUCCCACUAUUCUCAUCCUCAUCCCAGAUCCCAGCCAUUCCGCCAAACACGGAACAGUAUAGGUGUCGAAGGAUCUCGUUGUGUUCGUGUAGACGAGAGCUUUUGAAGUGUGACUCCAAGGCAAAGUGACGCACGUGAAAUCGCGGGUGAGAUCAGGCCAUCCUUACUCUGAAGCAUGGCGGAGUAUCUCGACUCCGAGGCGGACGUGAGCGAGGGUGAGGAGGAGCUGGACCAAAAUGAGAAGAAGAAGCUGCGAAAGCUGAAGGCGGUGGAGGAGAGCGACGACGAGGAGGAAGAUGAUGAGGAUCAGUUGCGCGAGGAACUGAAAGAUUUGAUAGACGACAAUCCUAUAGAGGAAAGCGAGGGUGAAGACAGUGACGGUUCUAAUCAUCAUAAGAAGCGUAAGAAGAGUGACGAUGAGGAUUUCGAUGAUCGCUUGGAAGACGAAGAUUAUGAUUUGAUUGAAGAAAAUUUAGGCGUUAAGCUUGAAAGAAAGCGUUUCAAACGUCUUCGAAGAAUCCAAGAUGAGGAGUCAGAGGAAGAACAAGAAAAGGAAGCAGAUGAAGAAAGGGACGCCAUUGCCAAUGAAUUGUUUGAAGGUUCCGGAGACGAAAGAGAUAUUAUUACGGAGGACGAAAGACGAAGUGAACGGAGUCAUAGGCCAGAGGCGGAAACCUUCGAGGAAGGCAGUGACGAAGGAGAGUACACUGAUGCGGAUGAUUUUAUUGUUGACGACGAUGGUAGGCCUAUCGCGGAGAAAAGAAAGAAGAAGAAGCCAAUAUUUUCUGAUGCGGCAUUGCAAGAAGCACAGGACAUUUUCGGCGUUGAUUUUGAUUAUGACGAAUUCGGUAAAUAUGGCGAGGAGGAUUAUGAGGAGGAAGAGGAAGAAGAAGAAGAUGAAUAUUUGGAUGAAGACAUCGAUACCGAACGGCCGCGAAGACCGAAGAAGCAGCUGAAGAAAAAGACCACGAGAAAGAGUAUCUUCGAGAUUUACGAGCCUAGCGAAUUGAAACGCGGUCACUUUACUGAUAUGGACAACGAGGUACGUAACACAGAUAUACCAGAAAGAAUGCAACUUCGGUCUGUACCGGUCACUCCAGUUCCGGAAGGUUCCGAUGAGUUGGAUCUCGAAGCAGAAUGGAUCUACAAGCAGGCGUUUUGCAAGCCUACAAUUUCUAUUCAGGAUGCUCACUUGAAUGCCGAGGCUAAGGAACGGGCACGGAAAGGACCACAGACCGUCGGCAAAAUCAAGAAAGCAUUGGACUUCAUGCGCAAUCAACACUUCGAAGUCCCUUUUAUAUCCUUCUACAGGAAGGAGUACGUGCUGCCCGAGCUGAACAUCAAUGACCUGUGGAAGGUUUAUAGAUUUGACGCGAAAUGGUGCCAGUUGCGCCAACGGAAGGAGAACUUGCUCAAGCUAUUUGAAAAGAUGCGCAACUACCAACUGGAUGAAAUUAUGAAGAAUCCAGACGCGCCGCUGCCAGAUAACGUGCGAGUGAUUAAAGACGACGACAUUGAGCGACUGAAGAACGUGCAGACAAGUGAAGAACUCAACGAUGUUUACAAUCACUUUAUGCUGUAUUACAGCCACGAGAUCCCGGCGAUGCAGGAGGCCGUGCGACGAAAGGAGAAGCAGGCACGACGCGAAGAGAGGAUUCAGCGACGUAAACAACAGAUUGCUGAGGCGGAAGAAAACGGAGAGGAUCCACCGGAGGAGGAAGAGGUGCUGGAGGAAGAAGAGGUCGACGACACGCUGAAGCAAGCCGUUAGAAGCGGCCCGUACUCGAUCUGUCGGAAGGCCGGGCUGGACGGUCUGGCGAAAAAGUUUGGCUUAACACCCGAACAUUAUGCCGAGAAUCUACGUGACAAUUAUCAGCGUCACGAAGUGGAUCAGGAGCCGACCGAACCGACGACAAUCGCGAUCGAUUAUUGCAACUCGCGAUUCGCGACCACGGAAGAAGUUCUGAAGGCUGCUCAGCUGAUGGUAGCGCUUCAGUUGGCGCGCGAGCCACUCGUGCGCAAAUGCGUGCGCGAGAUGUACAUGGAACGCGCUAAGAUAUCAGUGAAGCCAACGAAGAAGGGCAUUAAAGAGAUCGACGAGAAUCAUCCGAUCUACACGAUGAAAUACUUGAAGGACAAGCCGGUGCGCGAUCUCGUAGGCGUUCAGUUUUUGAAUCUGAUGAUCGCCGAGGAGGACAAGCUCAUCACGAUUACGCUCAGCGACAGCAUCGAGGGCAACACCAGUAGCAACUACGUCGACGAGAUGAAGCAGCUUUAUUGCCGAGACGAGUUCAGCAAACUCGUGCAGGACUGGAACGCCUUGCGCGUAGGCAGCGUCGAGAUCGCGCUCAACCGCAUGGUGAUACCGCAUCUGAAGAAGGAGCUACGCACGAAUCUAAUCGCCGAGGCGAAGGAGUGCGUGAUGCGCGCGUGUUGCCGCAAAAUGUACAACUGGAUCAAAGUUGCGCCGUACAGCUGCGAGUUUCCCGAGGAAGAGGAUGAGGAAUGGGACACUAGUAAAGGCCUGCGCGUCAUGGGCUUGGCCUAUGUGCCCGAUUACUCGCAGGCAGCUUUCACCUGUUUGGUCGCGGCCGACGGCGAGUGUACGGAUCACCUACGCCUGCCGCAUUUAAUGAAGCGCAAGAACAGUUAUCGCGAGGACGAGAAGAUGAUGAAAGAGGCCGAUCUACUGGCGCUGAGAAACUUCAUAGCCACAAAGAAGCCACACGUGAUCGUGGUGGCCGGCGAGUCCCGGGAGGCAAUGAUGAUCGCUGCCGACCUUAAGGAGUGCAUCACUCAUCUGACAGAGGAGGAGCAGUUUCCCAGUAUCCAGGUAGAGAUAUGCGACAACGAGCUUGCCAAGAUUUAUUCCAACAGUAAUAAGGGUACCUCGGAGUUCCGGGAUUAUCCGGAGCUGCUGCGUCAGGCUAUCUCGCUCGCGAGAAGGAUGCAGGAUCCGCUGGUGGAGUUCUCGCAAUUGUGCACGGCCGACGAGGAGAUUCUCUGCCUCAAGUAUCACAGUUUGCAGGAUCAGUUGCCCAAGGAAGAGCUGCUGGAAAACCUGUAUCUGGAGUUCGUCAAUCGCGUGAACGAGGUUGGCGUAGACGUUAAUAAGGCGGUCCAACAGGCAUACUGCGGCAACCUUGUUCAAUUUGUUUGCGGUCUUGGCCCGCGAAAGGGCCAGGCAUUGAUCAAGAUGUUGAAGCAGACAAAUCAGCGGUUGGAGAACAGGACACAGUUAGUUACUGCAUGUCAUAUGGGGCCGAAGGUAUUCAUUAAUUGCGCUGGCUUCAUCAAAAUCGACACCAAUAGCCUGGGCGACAGUACCGAGGCGUAUGUCGAGGUGCUUGACGGUUCGCGCGUACAUCCCGAAACUUAUGAAUGGGCCAGAAAGAUGGCAGUCGACGCUCUGGAGUAUGACGAUGAGGACGCCAAUCCUGCCGGUGCUUUGGAGGAGAUUCUCGAGUCGCCCGAACGCCUAAAGGACUUGGAUCUCGACGCUUUUGCGGAGGAACUCGAGCGGCAGGGUUUCGGCAACAAGUGCGUCACUCUCUACGAUAUUAGGGCCGAGUUGAAUAGCCGGUACAAAGAUCUCCGUGUGCCAUAUCAAUCGCCGAGCGCGGAGAAGCUGUUCGAUGUUCUGACGAAGGAGACACCUGAGACCUUCUACGUCGGCAAGCUAGUGCUGGCCACCGUGGUCGGUAUCAGUCAUCGAAAACCACAGGGCGAACAGCUUGAUCAGGCGAAUCCGGUGCGAAACGAAGAGACCGGUCUGUGGCAGUGUCCGUUCUGCCUGAAGAACGAUUUUCCCGAAUUGUCGGAGGUAUGGAAUCACUUUGAUGCUGGUGCUUGUCCAGGCAAGGCCACCGGAGUGAGAUUGCGACUGGACAAUGGUAUCUCUGGUUAUAUUCACAUAAAGAAUCUGUCGGACCGACACGUCGCAAAUCCCUGCGAGAGAGUCGGUAUGGGCCAGAUCAUUCAUUGCCGGAUUAUUAAAAUCGAGGUAGAUCGAUUCAGUGUCGAGUGUACCAGUAAGAGCAGCGAUCUCUCUGAUAAGAAUCAUGAAUGGAGGCCCCAACGGGAUCCAUUUUAUGAUACUGAGACCGAGCAAAAGGACAUAAAGGUAGAAGAGGACGCAAAGAAAGCAAAACAGCGGCAAAUCUAUGUGAAACGCGUAAUCGUCCAUCCGUCUUUCCACAAUAUCAGUUUCGCCGAGACUGUAAAAUUAAUGCAGACAAUGAAGCAGGGUGAAGCAAUAGUGAGACCGAGCAGCAAGGGUGCCGACCACUUGACAGUCACGUGGAAAGUCACCGAUGACAUUCUGCAGCAUAUCGAUGUCCGCGAGGAGGGUAAGGAGAACGCUUUCUCAUUGGGGCAGAGCCUAUGGAUCGGCAACGAGGAGUUCGAGGAUUUGGAUGAGAUCAUCGCUCGACAUGUGAAUCCCAUGGCCGCUUACGCCUCCGAAUUAUUGGACUUCAAAUACUACAAGCCCAACGUGGAGGGAAUCAAAGACAAAGCAGAGGAUAUACUGAAGGAACAGAAGAAGGAAAAUCCUGGUGGAAUUCCCUACAUCAUAUCGGCAGCUAAGACCUAUCCUGGAAAGUUCCUACUCUCGUAUCUGCCGCGUACUCGCUGUCGCCACGAGUUCGUUACAGUGACAUCCGAGGGCUUCAGAUUUCGAGCGCAGAUGUUCGGUAGGGUGAGCGAUCUACUACGCUGGUUCAAGGAACACUUUAGGGAUCCCGUCCCUGGACAAUCCACUCCGAGUACACCACGCGGCGCGAUGACUUCUAGGACACCUUACACUACUACGCCAGGAACAGUUAGCGGAAUGAAUCAAGAAGCAAUACAGCGAGUUGCACAGAACCUCCCACAUCACAUGUUGCACUCGCUAUCGCAAGUGGCGAAUCAGACGCCGCAUCACUAUCCGCCACACACACCCGGAGCGGCUAGCGCUACCGGCUACGGCGGAGUACACACGUAUCCCAACACGCCGUAUACGCCGUCUGGCCAAACUCCGUUUAUGACCCCGUACCAGACGCCUCAUCACACUCCGCAUCAUGGCCAGCCUACUCCCAGAUACGGCCAACAAACCCCUAGCCAUCAUCAAGGGCCCUUCGUGCACCCGCCGCCGCCCUCGAUGACACCCAGCCAUCACAGGUCUGCUCAAUCGCACAGACCUACACCACCUCUGUCCACUCCUUCCGGCGACCCGACGGAUUGGAAGGGCGACCCGACGGAUUGGAAGAAGGCCGCCGAGGAUUGGGCAGCACGUAUAAAAAGCGGUUCGCGAGUCUCCGGAUCGACGCCCAGGUACGAGGAGUCUAGAAGAACUCCGCGUAACUAUGACGAGCCGGUCGGCAGAACGACGCCUUCCGGAAGGAGCAGACCUUCGUCUACGCGUACUCCGUCGUACAGAUCUCCGCGAGGCACCCCACAUACAAAUUCUAGUCCACGAAGUAUGUCGCUCAGCGGAGACGGUACUCCUCUGUACGACGAGAGCUAACGGGAUUGUGCAUAGCUGAUUAUAUUUAUUAGACAACGUCAUAUCACGCUAUGAAUGAAUAAUAAGAGUGCGCGUACUCUCGACGACGGGGCUUUCAUCCUGAGACGUCGAUUGCUAGCGAAAUUAAACCGAUCAUUAAUCGUUGCAGACAUGCAACACGUAGUAAAUUCUUCCACUUUUUUGCAUGCGAGGUUUCGUUUGCGAUCAAGAGAGGGAUCGCCGAUUGUAAACUACGGUGUUGUAGUGUACGAUUGUAAAGUACGGUGUAAUUUAUUUUCUAACUACGCGAUUUCUUCCUAUGUAUAUAAUAAAAUUUACGGAAACUUUACGAAGGCCUGAACACGCUCUGCAAUCGUCUUGAUUCAUUUUCUUGUAUACUGAUGGCAUCAAUGAAAAGUAAUUUAUAAAAACUAUAUCGAAUUGUUAAAUUUAUUGGAAUCAUUUUUACUAUAUUGUAAUAAUUUUCGGAAACUUUUUAUUUAUCGGUUUAUAAUGGAAAGACAUUAAAUACAAGACUAGUCAACUUAUUGUUAGUUUUUUUUUUUGCGGGUAUGUUGAUAGGAUAAUAUUGAAAAAAUGAUUGUAACUGAAUUAUUGCUCAAAUAUAUGUAAAUAUGUUUUACAUUUUUCAUUGGUGCCAUCAUGUAUGUUAAUAUAGAGAACUGAUUCAUCUAAUUACUUAUUGUAUCAGCAUCGGUACAACCUCUCUUGAAUAUGAACUCUACAUUGUUUACAGAUUUCUAUACAUAAAUACCUGGACUGCUAUCUUUGGAAAAUAGAAGUCAGAUGAUUUCAGGAUAUAAUGGUUGUUUUAAUGAAUGCUUACACCAGCAUUACUUUAUUAUACAUAUGUACAGAUUCAUGAAAUGAAACUUGUCUCGGACUGAUUCAUAACUGUAACAUGUCAGCGAUCUAGGUAUUUUAUAGAAAUCUGUUAUAUACGUUAUAUACUCAAAUAGUCUUUAUAUAAAAAAUAUCUGCAAAAUAUUUAAAUCGUUCAAAAUACUGUCGCAAAAUACUGUCGCUAAAAUAGCCCUUUACUUGAAAUCGCUAAAUAGCUUGGAUCCUAUUAAUGUCUUAUUUACGAGUAAAUUUUCUUGUAUAAAAACAGAAACGAAAACAAUUAUCUUUUGUAUUUUCAUCGACUACGAUUUUCAUUUAAGUAUGUACCAAUGAAUUAUGUAUGUUUCUUGUAUGACUUGACUUAGAACAGAUGGUAUUAUGAAGUAUCAUAAUGUAUGACAUACAAUUUAUACAAUUGUUAAAUGAUAACAUUAAACAUGAAAGCAAUAUA